CCUGUUCGGCAAUCGAAAUUUUCGCGACGCCGUUUGCAGCCCUCGGUGAAUUUUUUCCACUUGUGUGAGGUUAAUUGAAUAUUUUAUUUCGCUAAAAACUGAUAAAUUUGGGCUAUAAAAAAUAAGAGAAAUAGCAAAAAUGGCUGGCGGCAAUACACCGCGUGUGAUACAGGUGACGAAUAUUGCGCCGCAGGCCACCAAAGAUCAAAUGCAAACGCUGUUUGGCAACAUUGGCAAAAUCGAAGAAAUCCGACUGUACCCCACCAUUCGGGAUGUCUCCUGUCCCGUCCAAUCGCGCAUAUGCUACGUGAAGUAUACGGAAACGAGCAGUGUGCCCGUGGCACAACAUUUGACGAAUACGGUCUUUAUUGACCGGGCGCUCAUUGUCAUUCCGGUGCUGGCCAUUCCCGAGGAGUAUCGUGCCCUGGAGAUGCUGAAGAACGGAACGAUUGUGCCGGGCUUGCAGAAGCCGGACUCGAAAUUGCCACCGGAGGUAAUUAAUCGCAUUGAGGGACAAUUGCCACAGCAGGUCAUAAAAACAUAUGAUCCCAAAUUGGUCGAGUUCAAUCUGCCCGAAUAUCCAGCGUUGCCCUCGUUCUAUGAUGCGCGCAAGAUUGAGGAAAUCCGUCGCACCAUCAUUGUAUGCGAUGUGAGGAACGAGUGGCGUCUGGACGAUCUAAUGGAGUGCUUUCAACGUGCCGGCGAGGUGAAAUACGCCCGCUGGGCGGAGAAGGACAACAAGACAUACUGCAUGAUCGAGUUCUGUGAACAGACGAGCGUCAUCCAUGCGCUGCGUUUGCAGGGACAGGAGUUUAAGGGUGGACACCUAAGUGUCUACCAUGCAACGUACUCAAUAACAAAGCCGGAGGCGAAAUCGAAUGAAGCUGCCCAGGCUGAGAUUGAGGAGGCCAUGACGAUUGUUAAGGAAGCACAAAGCAUGAUAUCGGCAGCCAUAGAUCCAGUUAUUGGCAUGUUGGCCAAGGAUAAGCGCCGGCGUUCCCGAUCACGCUCCCGUUCCCGUGAACGUCGCACCAGCAGUCGCUCCCGUUCGCAUCGUUCCAGCUCACGACGGCGACGUCGCUCUGGCUCCCGUGAGCGACGCAGUGUAUCGAGAUCACGUCGUUCGCGAUCUCGUGGCAAACACUCGUCCCGAUCGCGUAGUAAACGCUCCCGUUCCCGUCAUCGUCGCAGCAGCUCCCGUUCACGUCGUUCCCGCUCCCGUGGCGGAAAGCAUUCUCGCUCAUCGAGAUCACGCGGCAAACGCUCGAGAUCUCGACAUCGUCGUAGCACAUCACGCUCUCGACGCUCACGCUCUCACGGUGUUGCCGGCAUCGGCGGAGGUGGAGGAGGUGGCAGCGGCGUCGGAGGAACUGGAAGUAGCGGCAACGGCAAGCGUUCCAGAUCCCGGGAGCGCAGCAAGAAGUCUCAUCGCGCCCGCUCUCCGCGCUCGCGCAGCAAACGCAGUUCUCCAUCGCCACCAGCUGUGACCAGCAAAUCACGUUCCAGCCGAAGCAAAGAUAUUCUCCCAAUAUCAACAAAGUCAUCAUCGUCAUCUUCACGAAGACGCUCUCGCACUCCCGACGGCCGCAAGCUCAGAUCCAUCACUGAGGACACCGAGGCAAAGAGUUCCCGAAAAUCGGUCAGCGUUGAGAAGUCGGACAACAUGGAUAUAUCCAAUUCACCCUAGAGAGAUCAAUCAACUAUUCAAUGAUUCAUAUAAACAGACAUUUUUUAUUAAGAACAAAUACAACAAAAUUAAAGAAACUAAUAAUUAAUUAAUUGCUUUUGCUAUUUCAAUUAAAUUACGAUAUGUAUUUGUAUUGCUCUCCGCUCUGUCCUAGUUCCAAGCAUAAAGUUUAUUUCAAAAUUCCGCAAUUUACCUCUGUAUGUUUAUUUAAGCUAAAACCAAUAUACAAUUCCUAGCCUACGUUCAUAAA